UCUCUUUUAUGAAGGGCCAGAGGUGCCGUGGUUUUUUAUUUAUACCGCACCAAACUUCAUGGUUUCAGGAAUCGAAUGGAUACUUUAUAUUAUCGUCAUGGCUAUAAUUUUUGUGGGUUUUGGCAGAAAACAAAGAUUUGAGAGGGUGACCAAGAACUUGAAGGUUACAAGGGCAUUUUCUACUCUAGUUGAGGAAUUGAAAGCAAUCGGCCAGGGGGAAUCACAUUGUACGGAGGUCAUGGCGCCGGUGGCACUGAGUGAGAGAAGUCCGGUGCUGCUACUUAUGGGUGGUGGAAUGGGGGCUGGCAAGAGCACUGUCACGAAAGAUAUUCUCAAAGAACCGUUCUGGUCAGGAGCAAAGGCAAAGGCGGUUGUGGUAGAGGCUGAUGCAUUCAAAGAGUCGGAUGUCAUCUACAGAGCCAUUAGCUCCAUGGGCCAUCACGAUGACAUGCUUCAAACUGCUGAACUGGUGCACCAAUCAUCAACCGAUGCUGCAUCAUCACUCCUGGUAACUGCACUGAAUGAAGGACGGGAUGUAAUCAUGGAUGGCACCCUUUCAUGGGAGCCUUUCGUGGAGCAAACAAUUGCCAUGGCUCGUAAUGUGCACACAUGUCGUUACCGAAUGGGACCAGGGUAUCAGGUUGCUGAGGAUGGGACCGUUGAUGAAAAUUACUGGGAAAUGGUAGGGCAAGAGGAAGAAGACCAGCGAUUAAACAACGAGAAAGGAGAAUUAACUGGCAGGAAACCAUACAGAAUAGAGCUGGUUGGAGUUGUCUGUGACCCUUAUCUAGCUGUUGUUAGAAGCAUCAGGAGAGCCAUAACGACAAGAAGGGCAGUGAGGGUGAAUUCCCAGUUGAAGUCCCACAAGAGAUUCGCCAGCGCAUUUGAAAGAUACUGCCAACUUGUUGAUAAUGCCAGGCUUUAUUGCACCAAUUCAGUGGGAGCACCGCCUAGUCUGAUAGCAUGGAAAGAUGGGGACAACAAGCUCCUGAUUGAUCCAGAGGGGUACAAAUGCCUGACAAAUGUAAGCAAUUUGAGGGCUGAUUCAGAAUCCAUCUACGAGCUUUACCCAGACCCAAGCCCCAUUUUCGAGUCGGGCUCUGUUUGGAAAGACAUCGUCAUGGAUCCUUCCAGGCCCACUGUUCAAUCGGAGCUCAGAACCUCUAUUCUAAACAUCGAAAAAUCAUGAUUGUGCUUUCUGCCUAAUGGAGAUGCUACGCUAUUAACCUUGCAUUAUUUUACUCUUUUCGUGAAAUUUAACCUGUGUUUAU